CUUACGCAAAUUAUCACCACUGGAGACGGAAAUAAGCAAUUCGACUGGAUCCUUGUUACCUCAAGGGACGAUAGAAAAAUUGUUAGAUACGUGGUAGGAACCAGAUAACCAUUGUUGGCUGUGGUCCUUGAACAUUUCUGGAAAAUUCAAUAUUCUGCGUUCUUAAAAAACAUUGACUCAAAAUGUUUGGAAGAUCAAUGUUUAGAGGAUUAGAAGAAGAUCCAUUCUUUGCUGCACACCGGAACCACAUGGCCAAUAUGAGUCAGAUGUUUAAUGACCCAUUUCAAAUGCAAAAUAUUGGACCAAGAAUAGUUCAAGCUGGGAGAGAUCCCAGAGUGCCUGAUAGAUCCAGGGCUGUUCAACAACAGCAGCAGCAACAACAAAUGGAUCCUUUUGGUUUUGGAAUGUUUGAUAACAUGAUGUUUGGUAACAUGAGAAAUAUGAUGGCAAACAUGCACCAGCAAUUUGACAAUGUGGGUAACCAUGGUAACAUGGGUAACAAUCCAGCUGGUGGUGGACACAGCUUUGUCCAGUCAUCCUUUAUGUCCUAUUCCAAUACUGGUGAUGGAGCACCCAAAGUAUAUCAAGCCUCGUCAUCAACACGUAGAGCUCCAGGAGGGAUCAAAGAAACAAAGAAAAUGGAGAAAGAUUCAGCAUCAGGUUUGGAGAAAAUGGCAAUUGGACAUCAUAUUCAGGAUAGAGGUCAUGUGAUUGAAAGGUCAAGAAAUAGGAGAACAGGAGACGAGAAUGAAAAUCAGGAAUUCCAUCAUCUUGAUGACACCGAAGCCCAAGAAUUUGACAGAGAAUGGACAGAAAAAACACAGCAGUUCAGGGGACCAACUAGGCUUGAAUAUGCAAGACGAGGCGAGAGAUCUGAUAGAAGAAGAGACAACUUGGCAAUUGAGGGAAGCAAAAAGAAAGACAAACACUCUUACAGGGAACGAGACUGAGAAAAUUAAUGGAUGAAUGUUUGUGGAUUGUGAUCAUCAGUAUUUAUACGGUAUCAAUCGUCAUUCUGUGAUUGACAGUUUUAUUUAUUUUUUGUACAGAAAUAAAAAACUAUAAAAAAACUGAUAAUUUUUUCACAUUUUGAAAAUACCAGGCAGCUGCUUCUAUAAGAAGAGUAAUGUGUUGUCAUUGGACGAUCAUCCAAGCAUUCCGAAAGACUUUAUUGUUGUCCGAUAUUGAUUAAAUGUGUCAAAAGGUGUUUUAUUAUAUGGACAUUUUGUUAUUGUUGUAUUUGAAAUCAAACUGUAUAAUCUUAUUUUAGAAAAAAAAUGAUCAAUUUGCACUCAUUUUAUGUUUCCAUAGUAACACUAUAGUCCCAUGUUUAUUUGUAUCAAGCAAACUUUAAAAUUCGAAGUCUCAAGUUUCUUAAAAGCAAGUUAAAAAUUGUGCUAGUUUUAUAAAACUUGUAUUAAUUAGAGCAAGCGCUAUCAAGUUUUAAGCAAAUCAUUAUUAAGCAAAAUGAUGAGAUUGCAAUUGAACUGGAUUUUUGAAAAUAAGAAAAUGUUAAAAAGCGUUAUUUUUACAAAUAAGGGAUAUAUUAUUAUUACUGUAAAUCCAUUUAACACUCUCACUUAUUCUGUAGUUGACCAAAUGGCAGGGUUUUACUUUGUUGCUUAAAUUUCUUUGUUAAUUACUUUGUUAACAGUGUUAUAUUGUUACUAAAACUUUCCAAAGAACAUUCCUUUAACAAACACAGAAUCUAUUUAUACCUCUAACUCGUAACUUGAAAGAGUAUAAGAAUAAGAUAUAUUUUUGUUCAAUAUGUUAUAUAUUUAUUAACAGUAUUCUUUAAUACACUCAUAGAAAAAGACUUCAUGUUUAAUUUACGUCAUGAAAUGCAAGACCAGCAACUUUAUCAGAUGGUUUAGGAUUUAUUCUCAAAAACUUAAAAAAAUAGAAAUACAGUUUCUUUAAAAGAUGAUUAAAUUGAAGUAUAUAUGUAUUACAAAAUAAAUUUUGAUCAUUUGAUCAUUUGAUCAUGAGAAUUUUGGCAUUUAUAAGUUUUAAUUUGUCAAAAUCAUUUUUCAUUUAUAUCAUAGCUUUUUUCCAAUAAAAAAAAAUAUACAUAUAUAUAUAUAUAUGAAAAAAAUUUCAAUACAUGAAAUUAUAUAUUUUUGUCACACAAUAUUAAUGCAGUAUUCAAAUCUAUUAUUGAAAUCCCAGAGAGGAAGUGCUCAUUAUUAAACCAGUAUUUUUUUAAAUGAUUUUUACAGCCGAUUGCAUUGAGUGUGUAUGCACAGGUAGUAUCUUUGGUUAGCUUGCUUGUAAGCUGAACAGUGAAGUCAUUAUUAGGUCAGGUAUACUGUUGGACAAGUGUAUUCUAAACAGUGGGUAGUUUAUUUAACCUAAUAAUGACUUCACAGUCCAGCUAGCAAGCUAGAUAACCAAAGAUAUUACCUUUAGCUAUGCACUCAAUGAAAUCAGCUGUUAUAGAAUUAAACUAAACAAAAACAUAGGGCGAACAUGAUUCAUUGAUGGUUUUGGGAUUUUCUUGCAUCGUUUUUUAGUCUGAAAACAGAUUGUGUCCAUAAUGGAUAUUUCUAUUAUUGUUUUGUUAUUAUAUUAACUAAUGUAGUGUGUAUGACAGUAUGAUAGGGUACUUUGUACCAACUAAUAUUGUCCAUUAUUUAUAAUAUUAUUGUCUUUACCCAGUAAGGACCAAAAUCCUAUAACACUUUGUACAUUAUAAAUGUCAUUUGAUGUUUUUGAGGAACAUACGGUACACCAAAUCUGUAAAUACUGUUGAAUGUUUAUGGUAAACAUAAUAAUAUACCACAUUGAAAGCUCAUGAUUGAUACUAACAUAUCUAGAUUGUAAUUUGGCAUCUUGUUCUCAUUGUGAAACUAAAUCAGAUUUUCUAUCAAGUUACUAGAAAUAUGCUGUUUCAGAAUUCUGGGUAAUAUUUUUCAAAAGCAUACACCAAAAUGUUGUGAUUGGUUAAAAAUGUUGUAAAUAAACAAUUGACGUAGCUUUUUUUUCAUUUUGAUGUAUGAAAAAUGAGAUUACUCAUAGUCCUUUAGAUUCAGAAAGGCUAAAUGAUCUCUGCAGAAAAUUUGUCAUAUAAUCAGAGAUAAAAAAAAAAUGUUUGAUUUUACCAUGGAAACGGUUGGUGAAAAGUACUGUCAUGCAGGUUAUCAGAUUGAGUGGUAUUUUCAUACACAAUGAACUUUAUACUUCACUUGUGUUUUUUUGUAUUCCUUCAUUGUAGACAGAUUUGAAAUAAAUUAUCUCUUUGCACUUAAAAA